AUGAACCAGGAUCAGGAUAAUGAGACCAGGCUCUGCACGGCGAGACACGGCGAGACACGGCGAGGCACGGCGAGACACGGCGAGACACGGCCAGCCACGGCGAGGCACGGCGAGGCACGGCGAGACACGGCGAGGCACGGCGAGGCACGGCGAGACACGGCGAGGCACGGCCAGCCACGGCGAGGCACGGCCAGCCACGGCGAGGCACGGCGAGACACGGCGAGACUCGGCGAGACACGGCGAGGCACGGCGAGACACGGCGAGGCACGGCCAGCCACGGCGAGGCACGGCGAGACACGGCGAGACUCGGCGAGACUCGGCGAGGCACGGCGAGACACAGCCAGGUACGGCGAGACUCGGCGAGACACGGCGAGACACGGCCAGGUACGGCGAGACUCGGCGAGGCACGGCGAGACACGGCCAGGUACGGCGAGACUCGGCGAGACACGGCGAGACACGGCCAGGUACGGCGAGACUCGGCGAGACACGGCGAGACACGGCGAGACACGGCGAGACACGGCCAGGUACGGCGAGACUCGGCGAGACUCGGCGAGGCACGGCGAGACACGGCCAGGUACGGCGAGACUCGGCGAGACACGGCGAGACACGGCGAGCGACCGCUGA